AUGUCAGAUAAAAAAAUACCUUUACAUGAACAAGUGAUAAUCGGUUUUCAAGAAGAAAGCAGUGCAAUAAAAAUUAAGCAAAAAAAUGAGGUGAACAUUGUAACGGAGAAUGGAAUAGACAAGCAGCUGUCAAUAAAAUUAGAUAGCUUAGAAACGAAUAGUCGUCUGCAAGAGGAAAUCAUCAAAGUAGAGGACGGUAAAGAAAAUGAAUCAUCAGAAAAUCGUAUAGUGGCGACCGAAACAAUUGAAGUGAUCACGAAAAAAAUUGUUGAUAGUGGAAUUGAUUUGGAGGGGUUGACUGCGGAUGAGAUUUUGCAGAAGCUUGGUGGCUAUGAUGUUGAACCGAUUACUCGACAACGACAACACAGAGGUAAUAAUGCUAAUAAACAUCUAACGUAUCUUCAAAAAUCCAAAAUACUACGAGCGAUAGAAGAAGCGAGACUAAUUCAAAAAAAGACGCUAGUUGAUAAUGAGGUUGAUGAAAGGGUUUGUGAUAAAGAAGUUAUUGAUAGUUUGCAACAAGAAGAUGCAGAAGAAGAAACUCUACCACCUGACAUUAGCUCUAGAAAUUUUCCUCCCUCGACCAUCCUUUUUAUUACAUUUAAUAAUUCUGUAUUCGUUGAUAACCAAGAGCAACUUCAACAAAAGCUCGAACCAUUUGGCAUUCAACCAAUUUUCCAAAAUUAUCCAGAUCAUCAAGAGCAGCAAGGGAAGGAAGUCACAAAAUUUGUCAUAAAAUGUGCUAUCAAUUCCUGGAUGGCAAAGAAAAAGUUUUCUAUAAUAGUUAGCGCGGAUCAAGAAUACCCCACUUCCAUGAUCACUGCUUUCUUGGGAGAUAUUCGAUUUUUCUGCGAUAAGAAUUCAAUUGAGAUAAUUGUUGCGCGUUUUGGUGUGUACAAGGAAUCAAGGAAGGAUAUAGAGACGCGAUGUUACUAUGCGAAAGCCAACGAUACAAUUUUCUCGAAGAGUUUAGAGCCGGAAACAACAGAAAUUAUGAACUUGAUCGUUUUGUUUUUGUAUAAGUUUGUCUCAGUCAACGCAUCUGAAUUCAUUAUCGACCUUUGUAAUGAUGCGAAGAAUGACCACGUUAAUCACGGGUUCUGUAAUUGUUACAUCGCUUCAACAAUGAUCGAUAAUGAAAUUUGGUCUAGUGUCGAACAUUAUGUACAAGCGCAAAGAUUCACUGAUGCGGAAAUUCGCGCUAAAAUUCGAAAAGCUCCAACUUCUAAUGAAGCACUUUUCAUCGUCCAACAGAAUCUCGACCUACAACGCACAGAUUGGAAUGACGAAUUUCGUCUACGACUGAUCAGACAAGCGGUUUACGAAAAAUUUAUCCAGCAUUCGCCGCUCCGAUAUAAAUUACUUGCCACUUCCGCCAACGAGUUUAAAUUGACAUAUGCUAACUUGUCUAAUACUACAAAUUGCCACGAAAAUGAACGAUUGAAAGAAUGCGUUGAUCUGGCUUCUAUGCAAGAAUCGGAUCUAACUUGGUAUAAUAAUCUAUUAUUGGAAAUUAGAAACCAUUUGUUCGAACAUGAGGUUAAUCCGGUAUAG